AUUGCCUUGGGUGCCUUUAAUCAGGCUAAUACAUGGACAUGUAGUGCCCACUAUACCAACAAUGGAGUCAACAUUCUAGCGUACCAUUGAGUCAACAUUCUAGCGUACCAAGAAGUCUAUUGGUGGUUGCUAAGGAAAGGAUGUUGCUAAGGACCGGCAUAUGGAAACGCAGCGUGCUGUACGCCCACCUCCCAGCAUGCUAAUCGCUCAGGAAUACAGGCGCUGACUCGUGUUAAUACCAAAUUAGCUUGUCUCCAGGCAGCAGGUGAAGUGAAGCACCUGAGCUGCCGCGUUCAUCCCGGCGCACAUCUUUUUCUCUCAGCCUCCCGAGGAGGGAUUCGAACUUUCACAAUGGCGGCUCUACCUCUUCUCUACAACGCCACUCUGCCAGCGGUGCCUGAAUCGAAUCCCGUGUACUACGCUCAAAUCUCGCUGUAUUCCCUCAACGUGGCCUUCGGCGUGCCCAGCAACCUGCUCAUCUUGGGGAUGACGGCCCGUCACGGCGAGAUGCGAACGCCGGCAAACCUCCUGAUCGGGAGCCUGUGUGUGGCUGACAUCAUGCUCCUACUGCUCUCACUGGCCAACUUCUCCCCCGUCUCCCUCUCCACCCUCACCUUCCUCAAGAUCCUCAAGCAGACCUUCUUCUCCAUCUCCGUCGCCAACCUGAUCGCUGUCUGCUUCCUCCGCUACUUCUCCGUCUACCACCCUCUGAAGAACAAGCGGCUGGUCAGCAAGGGGAGGGUGAAGAAGGCCCUGGGAGUGACCUGGCCGCUCUGCUUCUUCCUCGCCACGCCGGCAGCCGUCCUGACCACCAAGCCCACCUGGGCGUCCAAGGCUCUCCUGACAAACCUGCACAUCGUCUACACCCUGGGCUACUCCACACUCUUCUUCUUCCUCCCGAUGCUGUUCCUCCUGUCGGUGUUCGUGGCUCUCACGGUCAAGUUCAAGAGGAAGGACGAGGAGGGAAGCCGCGAGGACCAACGCCAGUCCGAGGGCCGACUGCGCCGGGCCACGCUCGUGCACGGCAGGGCCAAGAGGAAGCAGCUCCACGGACAAGUCAUCAAGUGUACUGGCUCGCUGCUGAUUCUCUUCGGGGUGUGCUGCCUUCCGAGCAACGUGGCACAAGUGGCGCAGGCCCUCAUGGCUCUGGGCUUCGACAACCACCUCCCGACCAUCUACGUCAACUCUGCCAUCAUCUCCACCUUCGUCCUGUACUUCUACAUGUCCCUGAAGCCGGUGGUGUACCUCACCACCACACUGCCCACCUGCAAGAUCUUCUGGGAGCUCAUCAAGCCCACGGUAUCGGCACAGAAACCAGAGGAGAUCGAACUGAGAACAAUCCGCGUGCACACUCCUUGUGUGACCGAAGCGGAAUACGUGUAAAUAUUCCGGACUUUUUAUGUAUGCAUGAUUGUUUUCUUUCUUUUCACAUUU